AUGGUUCCAAGCAAGCUGAAGAGGCACUUGGAAACCAAACAUCCCGCCCAUGUUCACAGUAACUUGGACUACUUCAGAAGAGCGCGGGAUCUGAACCAGAGGCAGCAAGGACGUUUGUUGGAUUCUGUGAAAGUGUCUGAUAAGGCAAUGGAGGCGAGUUACAUGCUAGCGGAGCUCAUUGCAAAGCAGAAGAAGCCUCACACAAUAGCGGAGACACUCAUCCUCCCUGCUUGCAAAAUACUUGCAGGUGUCAUGCUGGGUCCAGAUGCCGCAAAUGAGCUAUCGAAAGUGCCGUCGUCUGAUAAUACGAUCAAAAGAAGAAUCGACGACAUGUCCGAAGACAUUGAGGAACAUUUGGCAGAGAAACUGCAGGCGAGCGGCAGAUUUUCCCUCCAAAUAGAUGAAUCUACGGACAUCAGUGGGGCUGCCCAACUUCUGGCAAACGUCAGAUAUGUUGAUGCUGACUCCAUCAAAGAGACAUUUUUAUUCUGCAAAGAAAUGGAAAGCCACACCACGGGAGAGGAAAUAUUCAGGGUAACUAAUGACUAUUUUAAAGAGAACAGUCUGACCUGGAAUAUGUGCGUCGGUCUUUGCACAGAUGGUGCGGCGAGCAUGACGGGGAGAGUGAAAGGAUUCAUUGCUAAGGUGAGGGCACAAAACCCACAUAUCGUGACAAACCACUGCAUUCUGCACCGAGAGGCAUUAGUUGCCAAAACCAUGCCCCCGGAGUUGACUGAGGUGCUGAAUCAGGCCGUGCAGAUGGUGAAUUACAUAAAAUCAAGGCCCCUGAAAUCUCGCCUCUUCUCCCAGCUGUGCGCCGAGAUGGGAGCCGACCACCAAAGCCUGAUCCUGCACACAGAGGUACGUUGGCUGUCACGGGGGAAAGUCCUAUCCCGUCUUUAUGAGCUUCGGAAACAGCUUUUGGAGUUUUCAGGUGAAAACGCUGUCCCACAUAAAGACAAGCUCGCGGAUGAGAGGUGGUGCGCCAGGCUGGCUUACCUCGCAGACAUAUUUGGGCAUCUGAACGAGUUAAACGCCAAGCUUCAGGGAAGGAAUGAAAACAUUUUAUCGUCCACAGAUAAGAUUCGGGGGUUUAUGGGCAAACUUCUCCUGUGGCAGGAGGCUUUGGAGCAGGGCUCCAUGGACAUGUUCCCGCUGACAUCAGCUGCGCCGCAGGCAGCUAAGGAGCGCGCUGUGUAUGCGGAACACCUUCAGACCUUAAAAGAGAGGUUUGAGCAGUAUUUUCCACGUGUGGCUGACAUCGAGGACUAUGACUGGAUCCAAGACCCAUUCCACCAGGAAUCCUCCACAGAGAAGCUCUCCAUGAAAGAGAGAGAGGAGUGCGCAGAGCUCCGUGUGGACCGCACACUGAAACUCAAAUUCAGUGAGCUCCCACUGGAUCAGUUUUGGUUGGCUUCUGCAUCGGAGUACCCAAGCAUCUCCCACCACGCGAUUGAGCAACUACUUCAUUUUCCCACUACCUACCUGUGUGAGCUGGCGUUCUCUACUCUGACUUAUAUGAAGAACAACAGCAGGUCACGGCUGUCUGUUGAACAGGACUUGCGAGUUGCCCUCUCUUCAGUGCCACCGAGGAUUAAAAAAAUCUGCGCGCCCCGACAGGCACAUGUAUCCCAUUAA